GUUCUUGGCCAGCGAGCAUUGGUGGGCGCUCGAAACCUAUACAUGCCCAAUGACGCAUUAAAAGUGUCCGUCCCCCGAUUGAGCUCUCCUAUCCUUAGACGUCUAAGAACCCAACAGCGCCAACAUAGAGUACCUUUCGGGCCCUAUCUCUCGCUCGCAACCAGAAUAGAUGCGCCCUCCGAAGCCAGCAGCCUCGCAGCGCCCCAGGUUCCCAGUCUGGAGGAGCUGCUGCGCACGGGAGCGCGGCUGACCACCGCCGCCCAGGCUGUGUGGGCCCAGGUCCUGCGCCCCGGCGACAUCGCCGUAGACGCCACCUGCGGCAACGGCCACGAUACCCUCUUCCUGGCGCAGGCGGUCGGACCCACGGGUCACGUGUACGGCUACGACAUUCAGGAGGCCGCCAUUUCCUCCACCCGCCAGCGGCUGCUGUCCCACCUGGGGACCCAGCAGGUGGAGCGCUGCGUGACGCUGCGACUGGGCUGCCACUCGGAGCUGAUGCAGCAGCGGGGGGCAGAGGGGGUGGCGGCAGCGGACGGGGAGGCAGCGACAGUGACAGCGGAGGCCGCAGCAGCGGGAGCAGCAGCAGCGGGGGCGGGUCAGCCAGGCGCAUGCGGUCCUGGUCCCGCCUCCGUGCGUGUGGUUACGUUCAACCUGGGCUACCUACCGGGCAGUGCGGACAAGGGGCGGGUGACGCGGGGGGACACCACCACCGCGGCAAUCAGGGGGGCGCUGCAGCUCCUGCAGCCGGGCGGCGUGGUGAGCGUGCUGGCCUACGUGGGGCACCCGGGGGGGCAGGGGGAGUACGAGGCGGUGCGGGAGCUGCUGGGGGGCCUCAGCCCGGCGCAGUGGGUCGCCUCCGAGACGCGGCUGCUCAACCGCCCCUCGGCGCCCAUCCUGCUGCUGCUGUGGCGCCGGAGCGAUGUGCCGCACCCCCCGCUCUAGCGGCCGCCCCCUACCAGAGCACCGAGCAGCACCAGCAGCAGCAGCGGCAGCCGCCACAACUCACAGCCCGGCUGCCCCGCUUGCCUCCCCUCAAUGACCGAGCUCCCAUCUUCCACCCCCCUCUCUCUCAUCACGCGGCACAGAUGGUGGCCGCUAAAUAGGCACCAUGCCGCGGUGAUGUCGUGAGGGACUCAAAACAAGCCCAUGCGCUGCGCCGGACCCGGCAUGCACCGGUAGCGGCGGCACUGCUGUCAUAAUAACGCAGACACGGCGACUCGCGACCGCUUGGAGCACCACACGGACCCGCCCCAGUACCAGCAUGCUGCUCCAGCCAUCUUAGCCCCCAGCCGCUACGGGCAGCAGCAGCAGCGGCG